AUGAACUGUUUCCGUAUUCUUCUCGCGAUCAGUGCCUUCUUCGCCACUGCAUCUUCCUCGGAUAUCAGCCAACGGAAUGUUGAUUUCUUGAAGACUCAAUUUGGAUUUCUCGAGAAGUUCAUUCAAUACAAGGACCGAGACUCUAUUAAUAAGCUUAUCACAAAAUACUUCCUCUUUCAAACGACAUGCGAUGGGAAUGAGAUGGGAAGAGAGCAUUUCAUCGAUGCCGUCUUCAACAUGUCAUCAAAUGCUUCCUUCCAUGUUGAAGUUCUAGAUGCCAAGUAUGGAAACGAACAACAUAAGUGCAUCGAUAAUCUCAAUCUGAAAUUGAAAAUUCAUGGAUUCGGUGAACCGGUGGUUGUUGAAGGAUGGUGGGGGAUCUAUGACCUUGAAACCGUCGCAACCUGGGUUUCUGGAAGACCCGAAGGAUGUAGAAAGUAG